AUGUUCCUGACAAGGUCAGAAUAUGAUAGAGGUGUGAAUACCUUUUCACCGGAGGGUCGCCUCUUUCAAGUGGAAUAUGCUAUUGAAGCCAUCAAGCUUGGUUCAACAGCCAUUGGAAUACAGACUAGUGAAGGUGUGGUAUUGGCUGUUGAAAAGCGUGUGACUUCCCCUCUCAUUGAAGCAGGAAGUAUUGAAAAAAUAAUGGAAGUGGACAAGCAUAUAGCCUGUGCUAUGAGUGGUCUCAUUGCUGACUCCAAAACAUUGAUAGACAGGGCUCGUGUUGAGGCUCAGAAUCACUGGUUUACUUACAAUGAGAAGAUGAAUGUUGAAAGUGUUACCCAGGCUGUCUCUAACCUUGCCCUUCAGUUCGGUGAUGAUGAUCCAGACCCUGGUGCAAUGAGCCGUCCCUUUGGUGUUGCUUUGCUGUUUGCUGGGAUUGAUGAGAAAGGUCCCAGACUGUUUCAUAUGGAUCCGUCAGGCACAUUUCUGCAGUAUGAUGGUAAAGCUAUAGGAUCCGGGUCUGAAGGAGCACAGCAAGCUUUGCAAGAGGCAUUUCAUAAGUCGAUGACUUUGAAGGAAGCUUGCAAAACUGCUCUGACAAUACUGAAACAAGUAAUGGAGGAGAAACUGAACGCCACGAAUGUAGAGAUGUGUACAGUGACUCCUCAGAAUCUGUUUAGGAUGUUUACUAAAGACGAACUGGAAGCCAUCAUCAAGGACAUCUAG